UCUGAAAAUGAUAUUUUCUAUGAUAAUAAAUGAUAGCAUUCAUUUUGUGAAAGUUUUUUUUUAAAUUGCCAUAAGAAUUAACACUCUAAUUUAAUUUAAUAUUCAAUAUACUUGAAAUAUUAUUGUGUUUAUACUGUAUGGACUUGUUCUAGUGCUAGUGAAGUGAACGAUUACCUACGAUAUUUGAUUAUCGAAUCUGAAAAUUUAUAAAUAUAAAAAAAAUAAAAAUGGGUUCGAUUGUUCUUAAAAGUUUAUCCAUCCUUUUGGGUCUAUUUUUUAUUUUCAUGGGGACCACCAAAAUAACUCCAAUGAUAUCUAAAGAGCUACACAAAGAAUUGAGAAAAGAGUAUGUGAGAUACGCAAAAGUAUUUCCAUUAACUGAAAUGCUGGACUUCAAAGUGCCAUCGAAAUGGUACAGACGGACGAUCGGAGGCUGCGAAAUUCUCUUCGGCUUGGCUCUUGCUCUUAUUCCACACCAGAGGAUAAAGAACGCAGCGAACAUAGGCCUCAUCCUGCUGAUGGUGCUGGCCGCGUACUCGCACAUUGCGAUCAGCGACCCGUUCGACCGGUGCGCGCCCACGCUCGUGUUCUUCUUCAUGCUGUGUGGACGGCUUGUUGUUUGGUACCAAACGCAUCGCCGUGAAAUGCUGGAAAAGAUGGCCGCUGCUCAAAACGGGAACGGUCUAAAGCGAGAUUGAUAUUAUUAUUUUGUUGUAGAAUACAUGUAAUUAUGUUUAAUUUAUUUUUUUCGAUACGCACUUUUGAUACCAACUACCAACGAAAAAUCCGAAAUCCAAUUUGAAUUAGGUGUUGUAAGUUUUGGUUGCAGUUUGUUUUAAUAUGCACUGUGAUUAUGAUCUAGUCUACACGAUAUUAUUUACAAUUAAAGUAAGUACCUACUCUAUUUUCCUGAAUGAAAUCCUCAUAAUUUAAUGUUUAGAGCGAUAUAAAUUCAUUGCAUUAUUUUUAUUACCUCUACAUGCGAAGUUUAUGACGUUAAAUACUAUUCUUAAAAUCUUAACUUUUCUUAAAUUUAGUAAGUACCUACUGAUUUAUGAGCGAUGUCUUAUGCGGGAAAUAAUAAAUCCAAUUAUAAUUAGAGACGACAUGGUGGAGUUAUUCGUACUAGAACAGUUAAGGAAUUAGAAAUUUAAGAUAUAUU